AUGCAGCGUAUUCAACUCCUCCAACGCGUCGUUCCUCGCGUAAAUGGAACCAGGACGCUGAGCCGGACAAUCAUCGCCAGUGGUCCACGUCAGGCAGGGACUUCGCCAACCUCCAAUGACAGCAGCUUCAACAAUCCAGCGCAGGGAAAGAGCCACGCAACGGGUGAGAGCGUGGUUCCCGAACCCGUCCAGCGAGCCGCACCGGAGGGACUAGAAAAGGCUCUCCCUGAAGGUGUGCACCCAACCAAAGGCAGCGCCAUCGACCCCCACAAGAACGAAGAGUCCAGCUUCAAGAGCCACGCCACGGGGCCCAGUGUAGUCCCCGAAUUUGUGCAGAAAGCCGCCCCAGAGGCGCUGGAGAAGGCUCUCCCAGAGAGCAUCCACCCGACCAAAGGUAGCGAUAUUGAUCCUCACCCGGGCCAGAAACAGACUACGAAAUAG